AUGGGUACGGAGGAAAGCCCCUUUUCCACAUUCAUUAAGGAAAAGGGACAGCAAUGGGAGGAAAAUGAAGAAAUGCUUAAUCAGCCCAACGGUUAUUUCAAGGCUUUGGACGAUUCCUUAAUUGAAGAGAAUUUUAAAUCCAAUAAUGGAGUUCCUGAAGAAGUAAUAAAUGGCUCAAAAUACACUUCAGAUGAGCGGAAGCAAACGAAUAGGAAUGUAACAAAUAGAAAACUGCACAACCCCAAGCUUCCGAAUGAACAGCAGCUCAUUGAGAGCAAGGAAAGAAAAAAAGGAAAACUAAAAAGAAAGAAAAAAAAUACCAUUUGCCUAUUAAAGUCACAAAAUUUAAGAAAUUUAAUAUUUAAAGAAGAAACAGAUGCAGAACCUGAAAUUAAAACAUUUGAUAUUAGACGUGCAUUGAAGGAUGUACCAACUGAAAAUUUACCACAGCGUCUAAUAAGUAAUAAGAAAAUGAAUGAAAUGGAUAAAUGUGUAGGAAAUGAAAAAGAAAAUUUCACUAAAUAUACUAAAAUAAUUUCAGUGAAAAAGAAUAAUGAAUCUUUAGCCCAUAAUUAUAUAAAUAAAAAUAUUGAAUCAAGGGAAGAAACUCUAGGUAUUAAACCACAAAUCUGCAUAUCGCCCAUAGUAGGAAAUGAACCAGGUGAAGAAUGUUACAAUGUAGAAAUAGAUAAAUCCAAAUUUUCACGCAUACAAAAACUAUUUUUGAAAGCAAAUAAAGGAAAUAAUUUUAGUGAGAUUGAACAAGAAUCAGAAAAUCACGUUAAUAAUAAAAGCAGCGCCCAAUACAAUAUGUUAGAGGAUAGUACUGAUAAUUCCUCUAGCAGCAGUAGUGUCGGUGCACAAUUAGACAAAGAAGAAGAUAUUCCAAAGCAAUUAAAUAACAAAUUAAAUAUUUUUAAUAAUCUAAUAGGAAAUAUGAAACCUUGUAGAAGUUAUAACAUGGACAUAAGUCAUCCUCUAUACAGCUUUUUAUGCAAGAAUGAAAAUUCCUAUUUAAGUUCUAAUUGGCAUGAUAGAAUAAAUUAUGCUUUUCGUAACAUAUGGACAUUAAGGGGAUACAUGCAUGAUGAAAAAAGUGAAGGGGAAAGAGAAAAAGAAUUUUUUAAUGAACUAGAAUUAUUUCACAUGUCAAGUAAGAUAGGGGCAUGUGGAUUAAUAUAUUCCUUAUUUUUAAAAAAUCAAGAAUUGGAGAAUAGCUCAGUAAAUUAUUUUAAAAAAUGCUUUGUGCAAGUGUCUAAGGAAAGAUAUCCGCAUAUUUACAAAAUAUACAAACCCAAAUUUGAUGAUGAUUUAGUUUUUCUAUUUGACAGUCUUGUUUUUACCGUUAUAUUGGGUAGCCAAGUGAAUAACAUUAAUUACAACACAGCAAGAAAAAUAUAUAGCAAUGAUAUGAAAGGGAAAAAUGCAUUAUGUGAAUGCAUAUUUAAUUUAAAAAACAGUUCCAAAUUUGCCUUACCAAUAGCUAGCCAGAUCGAUUUUAUGGGAAUGCGCGUGAUUUCUGAGCCAUUAAUGCCGUUAAAUGAAUCUUAUCCUCCAGUUGAUAUAAUUAAAGAUAUUUUCAGAGGAGUGUACCUUACGGAUUAUAAGACAGAAGAUGAAAAUGAGUUUUUUAAGAAAAGAAUUAAAUCAAUGGAUAGUAUAUACAGCCCUGGAAAGGGUCCAGACAAGGAUGAUGAGUUCUGUAGUAAGAACCUUGAGAAAGGGAAUAAUUUACAAAGGGAGAAAAAUUGCACAUACAAAAAUAAAAGAAAAGGUUUAAAACAAAGGGAAUACCUAAAGAGGAAAAAGGAAAAAGUUUUUUACGAAAGGUUGUUUCUAGAGAUGGAAAAUUACGACCCAGAAUUGUAUGAACAAUUAAAACAAAUGAGUGAUUAUAUGAAUUACCAUUGCUGCAUUUUACCGUUAGGAUUCUCCAACUAUUAUGAAUGCAAAAUAUUUAAAAAAAGAAAUAAUGUAAAAAUUUAUAAAUCACAUAUAGACAAUAUGUUUAUCGUAAGAGGAGCAGAAGAAAUACUCCCACCAUUUUUACUUAAUUCCACUGACAUGAGCUUUAACAAAAGGAUAAGAUAUGAAUUUAUAAAAUAUUAUUAUGAGCAUUCAUUAUGUAACACCACGCUAUCAAUUGAUAUAAAGAAUCACAAAUUAAAUCAGCAUAAAAAUAAUGUGGACCUUUUAAAGGACGCUAGUAAGGAAUGUCUUGAUAAUAUUGAAAAUUACAUUUUACCUAAAAUUGUAAAUAUAGUAACAAAUUUUAGUGAUAGCUUUGACAUCACUGAGGUUUACCACUCCCAUGGGGUUAAUAUGAGUAAUCUUGGUUACCUACUAAACAAUGAUAACAAGACUCCAGAGUUUCUUACAGAUGUAAUAUGUAGAGAACUUAUUUGUCGCACAUUGAAGUGUAUUUUUUAUGAGAAAAUUCAUUCUUUUCUUAUGAUUAUUCUUAAAAAAGGAAAAAGGAAUAGUAUCACUAACUGUAGAAGUGAUAAUUAUGAUGAAUCCAAUACCACGUAUUACGAUACAUUUUUUAAGAAUGAUAAGAAAAUAUGUAUUCAUGACAAAAUGAGUGAUAUAAACAGACAUAACUCUGGGGAUAAUGAAUGUGGAGAAGAAUGUACUUAUGAAGAAUGUAACAAAUUUAUCUGCUUUUGUGAAAACUGUUUUACACAAUGGGAUUAUUUUCCUGAAUUAAUUCCUCAUAAAUUACUAAUUCGAUUGAUAAAUUUAACCCUAAAUAUUAGGACAGUGGAUUCAAUAAAGUUCUGGCAUAAGGUGUUAAUACCAGAAUGCAUAAAAAAAUUCCAGAUAAAUUUAAAUGAUCAUAUAAAAAUUAAGGAAAUGGAAAUAUAUGGAUUACUCGUGUGUAUAGAACACCACAUUGGUGUUUAUUUUAAAAAUGAAUGUAAGAAGAAUUAUAAAGUUAGACUACCUCUAACUUUGGAUGAUAUGUCUAACUUUUUUUCUGACAAGGAAAAAAUUUUAUUUCCUAAUGUUUGUCAUUUGAGGGAGAUAUUCGAAUUGAGGAGCGAAGUCAGUGAUGAAGUAGACGAAAACACUGACUCAAUAUAUUAUGAAGAUUCGUAUAGUGAAAAUACUUAUAAUAAUUAUGAAUACAAAAUUGAUCCAAGUGAAACAUAUCCAAAGAGAGGGAUUACAGAUAAUUCUUCAUACAAAGGUUACAUUUCUUUCUCUCAAAAGAGUACACACAGGAAUUACAAAAAUUUAGACCCAUUAACAAGUGAUGAGUGCAGUAGAACUAUAAGGAGAAAAGAGAGAAUGAAGAACAAUUGCAACAUAAGUUGUGAUUCAUCUUAUAAUGGGAGUAGCAACGUUAAAUUAAGAAAUGUGUAUUCCUUAGUAGACAAAAUGAAUAAAAAAAAAUAUUUGAUUUUAGGAAGAAAUAAUCGUAAUAAGUGUAGGGGAAAAAAAAGGGAAGUAUCAAAUAAUGAUAAUAUGAAUUAUCGUAGAGGAAACAAACAAUUAGAUAAUUUCCGAAUGAAUCAUUUCGUUUUGUUUUACCCUAAUACAAAAGGAUGCUUUCCAAAAUAUUCUACAUGGUCCUAUAGAACAAGAGAAAAGCUGUUUUCAUUACAUAAUAUGUUACAGGAGAAAUUUAAAAUAAAAAAUAUGUUAAAGGAAAAUAUUGUAAAUAUAAUUUAUCCCAAAGAAAACGACUUUUUGCAUAUGAAUAAUAUAUGCACCGUUGGUUCAUGUAACAAAAUAAAGAGUUUCGUUUAUGAAUAUAACAUUCCCUGCCAUCCAUAUUGUAUACUAAAUGAAAAAAUGAAAUGCAUAAAUUAUGUAAGAGCUAAAAAGUGUAUCUAUCUUUUACUAAAUUUUAGCAUAAAUAAGAACAUCAUAGAAUUAUCUAAAAGAUUUUUAUUUUUGGCCUAUCUGCAUUUUGAACAUGGAUAUAUAAAAAAGUGCUUAAACGUUUGUUACUAUAUUUAUAAAAUAACUCCAAAUAUAGGUACCAUCAGAAGGGACAUACUUAUCCUUAUUUUGCAGUGUAAAGUAAAGGAAGGGAAUAUAGAGGACGCAUUGAUAAUUUAUAAACUAAUUGUGAUUUUCAACAAAUUUUACGAUGGAGAUACUAAUAGCAUCAGUACGUUGCUGUGUAACGUAUUAUUGGCUUGCUACUACUAUGACAUAGCAAACGAGAGAAAAGAGAAAUGUACAGAUGGUAAAAGCUGGAAAAAAUUUUUGGAUAAUGCAUCCAAUGCUGAAGGAAAAAAUGACGACCCAGAAAAUUAUGAAACUGAAAAUUAUGAAAUGGGGGGGGAGAAUAUUACUAAUAAGAAUUGUACAAAAAAAGACAAAAUGUUACUAGAUCAAGUAGACUAUUUGGAAUUAAAAAAAAAACAUUUGUUCAAAGCAUUACAUUAUUCGGAAGAAUGUUACAGAACAAUUUCAACUACAAUGAAUGAUAUUUCUUCUCACUAUAUUUGUAUAUUUUCUUUGAUACUACAAGGAAACAUUUUAAUGGACCUGAAUAAAUUUAAGAGCGCAAUAAAGUAUUACACAUUAUCCAUACACAAUUGUGAGAGGGCAAAACUACCAAAUUUUCUCAUACUGCAAAAUAAAUGCCUUUUAGCUGUUUCGUUAAAAAAUAACGGUAAUUUUGAUAAAGCAAUUGAAAUUACAGAAGAUUGCUUAAAGACAUUAAGUAGUUCUACAUGCUCAUCACGCAGUUUAACAUUAUAUAUAAUUUAUCGGCUAGCUGAAAUGAAACAAUACAUAGGUUGUAGAGAUUUAAUUUACCCAAAUAUUUCAUUAGACAAUGUUUCCAAUGCUCAUAUUAAAAAAAAAAUUACGACUUCCGAUUUUCUCAUUUUGGAAAAAAAUUAUUUAAAUGAAAAAAAUAAAAAAUAUAGAAAAGAGGCAAUCGAAUUGUACAUAAAAUUGUAUGAAAAAUUGAAAAGUCAAAAGAACUAUAAUCUUGUUUUUGCAAAGGAUAUAUUCGGGUGUUAUUACACCAAGGAUGAUUUAUUACCCAGUUCAAAUAAAAAUGAGGAUAUGGGUAAAGAAGAUAUGGAAAAAAUAUUCAUAAUAAUACGAGAAAUACUCAAAAUAAAGGUAAUUUCUUUAAGUAUGAAAAAACAAUUCAUGUUGGCUUCUAAAUUGUUAGGUAUAAUUUUGUCAAAGAAUUCAUCCCCUUUUGUGAAAAACUUAACGCUAAUGAAAAAAGGUGGAAUUAAUAUGGAAAAUAAACCUUCCAUAUUUAGAAAUUUGUGUUUUGAUGAGUGCAACACAAGGAGGGAUUUUCCUACAGUAACGAAAAGAGAAGAUUGUUUUGAUAACACAUGGUACAAAAAUAACAGUGAGGAAAUGCGCAUCGAUGAAAUACUUGACGAUAUACACUUGAAUCAUAAAGGUGGAAAUAGGGGAAGAGCUUUAAAUCUUCAGCUUAGCAAUUUUCAUCAAAAUACACAUGGAAAUUUCUUUCACAGAAACUGUUAUACACGAGAAUACGAUUAUGUAUCCAUAGAGAAAAUAUUAUUCGAUGAUACUUAUUUUACCAUAGAUGAUAUAUGUAAAUACUGCUAUUCCAAAUGUAAUAUAUAUAAUAAUAAACAAAAAAUGGGAACAGAAACAAAUUAUAACUGUUUAUUAAACCCAAGUAUAUGGUUUGAUUUACUUUUUUUUUCCGUAAUGAAAGGCACUUGUGGUCAUACCGAAUUGAUUUUACUGAUAGACUUGGUUAAAUUUUUUUUAACGCCUCUACAAAAACAGCUAAUUCUAUUUCAUGUAAAGUCUUUAAGCAAUAUUACGGAAAAUGAACAGUACUCAGAGUAUAUACAAUACUUGCUGAAUAAUGAAGGGAACAAAAUUUUAAACCUUACAAAUAUCCUAGAUAAGGAAAAGAAAUCAAGAAACUUAAGUGUGAAUUUACAUCCCGAACUUUCCAACUUUCAUAAAGAGCAUGUAGUAAAAAACGUCGAUUUUUUAUCGAACAUAAUUGUGACUAAUCCGUGGUUCUUUUCACCCUCCAGUGUAUUCGACAGUUCAAAGUGA